AUGGCGUUAACAUCAGUAAUUAUACCAUCUCGUAGAAUUCCACAUACUGCGUCCGGUUUAGGUGAUAGUGGGGAAGGUUGGGCACCUGUAAUGUCUGAAAUAAGAAAAAAACUUGACCAUGUUAAAUUUGUGCUUCCAAAUGCACCUAUUCGACCAGUAACAGUUAACGUUAAUCGAAUAAUUCGAGAUGAAAUAGAUUCUGGUAUUCCUUCUAAUCGUAUCGUUAUUGGAGGAUUUUCUCAAGGAGCAGCGACCUCACUUGUAAUUGGUUUGACUUCUGAAUAUCCUUUGGCAGGAAUGAUGGUAUUAAGCGGCUAUUUGCCACUUAAAGACAAAAUUUUCAACAUGACCACUGAAUCUAAUAAAGGAAUUCCUGUACUUAUAUGUCACGGUGACAUUGAUGAGGUGGUUCCAUAUGAAGGUGGAAAACAAACCCAUGAACUUCUUAAAACAAAAGGAUAUUCUGUCAACUUCAAAACUUAUCCUGGAAUGGGACAUUCUUCAACUCCCGAAGAAUUCAAUGAUAUGAUUCAAUUUUUAAACCAAGUGAUUCCUGAUUUAUAG